AUGGUCCUUAAGGCUUUGCCUGGUCUCAUUUCGACGGGAACGUCGCUGACUCUGCAGUUCGCCACCCAUCAUGUUAUUUCCCCAGCUGACGACGUGCGUUUGUUAAUCUAUACACCCUCGCCUUCUAUGAAGUUCAGAUCGCACAAUAGGUGAUGGAGAAUGCACAAUUCUGUUAUUCUUAUGUCCUUGUCCUAAUGGGCUGCCGAUCUAUCACGGGCGGAAGUUUUUUCUCCUGAAUAACACCGGUUAUCCAAAACCCAGCUAAUUCAGCGCUGCCAAAUCAAGAAUUUUUUAAUUUUUGUUCAAGCCGCGAAAUCUAUUUACCUUGUUAUUGCCUGUAAACUGAAAUUCAGUAUGAUAAUUUUUCUAAUCCUGAGUGCUUCCGACGAAUUGAAUUGAAUUUAGACGGCGGAUUAACAGAAGAGGGCUGAAGGAGAGACCAGAUCUCUACUCCCAUUGUUCAAGGACACAAGUAUUUACUUCGCUUGGCAACCCGGGUGGUCCGCUAGCGGGAGUUUUUCCCCAACCAUGCAGAUAUUCAAACGUGGAAUCGCAGAACAAGCUUGAUGUGUUAAUACAAACUCCUUAAAACCUUCCGCUCAUUGUUUGCGAGUGAUAAGAAGUGAAGUGGCAGUGCUUCGCGCCACUAGGAGUGCCUGUAUCAGUUUUGAUAAAAUAUUUUUCUCCAGGAUUUUCGACUGAUUUUUUAGCCCGAAUUCGGAACAUGUUCUGGAGACCGUGGAAAUCCAUGAUGAAAAUAGUCCUAAAAGUGUUUACGGUCAUAAUUCCUUGCUUAUGCGACCUGCCAUUCCUUUGAACCAUAGGCAAAUUUGCGGAGUUCCUUAGCACGCAAUCCGCAUUAUGAACAAGCUCGAAUAUGUCCUCGUCUUCUAAAAUUCACUGCUACAGCUCUUCACCGAGUUAAUUCAAUUAAAUGGCAGGUUAAGCAGUCAAGGCUGUGUGUGUGUGCAGAAACACUUCAUGUCUGUCAAGGCGACCAAAAAUGGGAGCUGUCACUGCAGACGUUGUGAUGUCAAGACUCACUGUCAUAGAGGGUGGAGUCCCACAAGCCCUAGUGCUCGGACUGACCAUCUCGCUCCUGUCCAUUGGUGACAAAACAACCAUCCCAUUACGAGCAAUCUCACCGAAAGCGAAACGAGGUAAGGUCGGCUAUUCGCAGGUCGCGGAAUGCGUAUGAAACGCGAGUAAUGGGAUGCGCCUUCGAUAAACUAAAAGUGCUCUUCAGUUACAUUAACAACAAAUUAAAGAACAAGGAGACGAUCUUAGUGUUGUUAGGAAAAAACAAUUAGGAUAUCACCGAAAAUGACGCUAAGGCAGAACAUCUUAGCUGAUUUUUCGUAUAUAUUUUCGUCGAUUAAACGGUUUUUGACGAGGCUUGAUUGCCUACUGGAACAAACGACGAAAUAAUAGAAAACAUCGACUUCACGGAAGAAGAUGUGAGGAAGGGACUUCCAGCGCUUAAGGAGGUUAAGUAUCCGCGAAUGACUGAGAGAGAUCGUUCCAUUUCGCCACUACUCUCCGUGAAAAAUUCAGAAUGAAGAUUUAGCCUGGAUAUUUCUGUCCGUAGAUUCAUUGAAUGACCACUAAAAAUGGUUGAAAGGUGUCACUGAAACAUGUAUUCAAUGUUAAGUCCGUACUCAAGACCAUGUUUUGUCUUGUAAACCGGAAUAAGAUCACCUCUUUGCUGCCUGUAACACAGAGGGAAAAAAUUAAGGCGAGCUCGUCUUUCUAUGUGGGACUGGCUUUUUAAACCGUUCACCAGUACUGUUGCAUGACGUUGUAAUCUUUCAAGGCACGUUUGGGUCAUUACUAGCCAUGGCCGCCACGCUUUUAUACCAUAUUUUAAAUGGGGCCGAACAAAGGUGCCUUAAACUCUUCCAAAAAGGUCUUUAUCAAAGGUUGCGGACGCCCUUUUUACUGCAUGGAGCACUCCCAUGGAGUUUUUUCGCAAUCUUGUCGCACUGCAGUAUUGGUUUCAUGUUGGUCUGUACCCAAACACCGAGAUCCUCGUGUGAAGAUUUUGCGGGGAGUGUUCUGGCUUUCAGGCGAUAUGUCCUCAGGCUCUCAGUUAAUGAGAGUUGGUUAAACGCAGAUGAAGGACGGCACACUUCAGCACAUUGAAAUGCAGAAGCCAUUUCUUCGACCACGCUUGCAGUCGGUGCAGAUUGUUUUCAAGGGCUCUCUGAUCAUUUGGACUCUUUGUGACUUGCCGGAGCUUAACGUCGUCUGAAAACAUUAUUUUACCACAGUAGAGUUCCUGAAGGCUAUUAUUAGCAGGGGUCCCAGAACUGAGCCUUUAGGCACUCCACUAGUCACGUUCACCCUGUCUGACAUAUCAUCUGCGGUACAGACACGUUGUUUCCGACCAAACAGAAACGCCCUUAUCCAGUUCGAAAGAUCUCCCAAAAUGCCGAUGGCGUUCAAUUAAUGAUGAAAGCGUUGGUGCGGAACAGUGUCGAAUGCUUUGCGGAAAUCGAUGUACACGACAUCGAACUCAAAACCCUCUUCUAAAGAUCUGGUCCAGUUCUCCAGACAAAUAAGCAGAUUUAAGAGGCAGGAAUGUCAUCUCCGAAAGCCAUGUUGAAAAUCCUGCAAGGUGCUUUUUCUUCACAAAAUUCUCUAUUAGGGCUUCCGUUGUCUUGCAUAAGAGGCAAGUUAAGCUAAUAGACCUGAAGCCGCUUGUACCAUCCUGCCACCUCCCAUAUGCAAGGUAACGAGGUUAGCUGUCUUCCACUGCGAAGGCAGCCUUCCUGUUCGCAUUGACAGCUCAAAGAGAGUCGAACGAGGCUUCGACAGCUCCGUUGAUAUCUCCUUAAGUAUUAGUCCGGGAAUUUCGUCGGGUCCAGGAGACUUUUCAGGUUAUAUUUGACUGAGGACACGUCUUACUUCUUCGACGGAGAGGGCAACGGUUUCAAUGACGGCACUAUCUUGGCGCAUGUCCCCUCUGUAUUGCCAGUAAGAGAGAGGAAAUAUUUUGAGCCUUUCCAGUCGUUCCUCAUAACGAAGGCUCUUUAGCCACCGACUAGUUAAUCGUUCUUCAUUGUACCUUCUCCAAGAGACUUGAUACUGUGUUUCCGUAUCGUGCGUGGCUUGGACUACGUCCUCCGGUGUGACGACUUCUGCCAAGUCGUCACUAUAAGUAACCUCUGGUGACAUCCUUUCAAACUACGUGUGCCUCAAGGAAUAUUGGAUUUGAUGAACUAUUUUUUAUGCAACGGUGUCUUGGAAGGACCUAACCGAAGCGAAGGUAAUGCCUCAAUUUAUGGAGAUAUUUCGAAAUCAGCUUGACGGACAUAUGCUGCAACAACAAACGGACUAUGUGACCGUAACUAUAAAAACCAGGGACCAUUAUAAAUCGAGGUCUUUAUUUACUUAAUACUAAACUUUAUUUACAUUAUUGCCACUUUUGUGAUUUUUAUGUGACGAAUAGGGAGUUCGCAGGCGUAAGCCUGUGCCCCUCAAAUAUGCUAAACAAUGAACUGAAAACUGAACAUCGAUGGAACGCUUUUAAGGGACCCUUGAGAUAUUCAUGCUCGAAAAUGUGUUAGGACAACGAGAACUCAAUUUCAUCCUUGUCGCUCAUCUCCAAAUUUUAAUAUAUUUUUGAUCCUUUUUGAGUUUUGCUAACACACGGUGUCUCUGUACUCUGCUUCCAAAUUUACGCUGAAAGUAUGGCACUCAAAGUUACACACUUAUUUCUAUUCCCAUAUACUCUAAUGAACUGAAUUGAAUCUGAGCUCUCUGUUUGAAUUUGUAGAGGUUAGCGUGUUAAGUAUUGCAAAUGGUACUGAUAUUUAAUGCCCCAUUACUGGUAAUGUCAAAAUGAAAGUGCAGGAGAGAUACCACAGAAGUGAAAAGCUGCGAAAUGACUGCGUGGUCUUAAUUCGAUUUUGCAUAGUAAAAUGUCGACUAUUGGGAUUAUGAAAGGAGAAUAACAUCAUCACGGCAGAAGAACGCAACCCAACAGAGUUAUCGAUUAAUGCUUCAGUUCUAAAAGGUUCCCUGUUCUGUAUCCUUUUAAAUGCAAAUUAGCAGCCAUGCAUCCCUGAUGCUGCAGACAGGUCAGAAAGUAUAUUUCGUUGACUCACAUUUCGUGUGAGGAAGAUUUCAAGAAGCAAUUAUGAGUUGGUCAGUAUCGGGCCAUAAAAUCAUCACUAACCAGUCACUCGUUGCACCUAUCUAUACUUUGACGAUAGAGACUAAAAAACACUGCCCAUAGCCCCUUGUUGGCAUUCAAUUGUAAUGCUGCUGUUUGGUAGAAUGGCGGGUAUUCGGAGUGAAUGCGUUAGAACUUCAGUUCUCACCGCUAGAUUAACUUGUGCUGGUUUUGAUUAAACUAAUCUAAUGGCAAAUGGUUGGCCCUAUGCCCUGCAGCCAUCAUAGGAUUACUUAUCUGUUUGAUUAAAAUUCUACCCUCAACCAUACAGGAAAUUGCCCUUCAAAAGGCUAGCUUGUUUGCUCCAAUGUGUCCAAAAAUAUUGCUGAUAUGGGAUGAUCCUUGGUUCCUAAAUAAGUAAAUUACGCUCACCAAAAUCUUCGCUCUUCGUAUCACACGGCUCCCUGUUCGGUCAACUUAAUUUGUUGGCAGACAAUUAUUUGCAUCAAUUAACAUUUCUCGCGAUACAAUGUUAUGAAGUAAGGAAAGAUUCACGGAUGAGUCUUUUCUCUUUUCGAAGUUGUGCGCCUCUAGAACCAGAAGAUUUUUUGACUCUAUGUACUUUGAUAAUAAGCUUCCUCAUCCCAAGCCAGGAAUGCUGGUGUCGGAAGUUUUACUACAAAUAACAGACGGCUGAACUUGCAGUUUUAUAAUGGCCAAUCAAAAUUCAGAAUAUUAUAUAGGUUAGCAGGAAUACGAAGGUAAUUUAAAUUACCUCCUCAAGAAUCUAAUGAAAGUCUUCUGAUUGGUACAGUAAAACAUGCGAAGGUAAAAAACAAAUGUGAUUUACUUUCAAAAAGUGUGCGUAUUGCCUUACUGAAGUUUGUUUUUAUUAGUGCAUUUAACUUAAAGUAGUAGACAUUUUCAACAUUAAAGACAUCAAAUGAAGGACUUUUGUUGAGUAUUUAUCCAUUAUGAUUUUGCUACUAUGCACUAGCUUUCCGAGCCAAAUAUAAUUUCAUGUAUCAUCGUUUUGCUUCAGAAAUCGUGAGUGUCUUUCUCUCUGGCUAAAAAUGCCUCGUCUAUUCUUCGCAAUUAUUCGGAUCUUGGCAGGAAAAUGCGGACCAGAUGCACGUUUAGUCUGAAAAGUUGAAACCAACUCUUUCCACAGCUUUACUUGCUUUUUAAAAAUCAGCAUUCACUUAGGUCGAUGAUGUGAACUCCUAUUAGGUUGCGAGAUCCAUCAUCUGACCCAACUCUCCAAAAUUUCCCAGAAUUAUUUGUGGACAGAACUCAUUAAAUCCCGUGCCACACACUGGGCCUUAAAACCUUAUCCCAAUUCUUGGAUAGUAAUAUUGCUAGCUACUAGAAUAUUGAUAUUUAACUUCUUUUUCUGUCCGUGGCUUUUUUAUACAACUUAUACGUUAUCUCGUACGAGUGCGGACCGUUGAGAGCUUAUUGAUAUGGAUUACCCAUAUAGGUACCUUGUAUACCCUUCAUAUUUGGUUUGAAUUAAGUUGGAUAUUCAAAAGGUAAACAAGUUUGACUACUAUUUCCAACUCUGAUACCCUGCCCUUGACCAACCUGAGCCAUAUUUUCAACAAUAGUUUCAUCGAAUAGGAAUUACGUUAUCCGAUUUGGGUAGCCGAAGUAGGCUGGUUAAGAUAUCUAAUGCGUUUUCGUAAAUAUUUAGAAUGAGUGAUAAAAAUUGGAUUAAGGAUAGCGUUACAAAUGUUUUGUAUGAAUAUAUUUAUCAAACGGGAAAAGAAAUUGGCAGACGGCCGUUCCAACCCGUGUAAGUGCUACGUUUCUAUACGAGGGACGUAAUAAUUGUAAUAAUAAUUUUACAAACGUUAUGUUUUCGGAAAGCAAAAAAUUGUAAACAAACAAUCAUUCUGAUUAAGAUUGCCUUUCUAUAAUGUUCUUCGGCAAUGCCUUAACUACCUAUUUCGGUUAAGUUAGACUAUUUGGCAGAAACCUGCAAAAACUAAACUUAAAUUGAUAUUACCCACUUUGACGUCACGGCGCCCGAAAGUUGACAUUUUUUCUACAAAAAGGACAGUCUGAAAAGGGUUUUUUAUGAUAGCAUUAUCGAGAGCUCAUUUUCUAUUAAUAUUAAUUAAUAUUAUUAUAGCAGUGGCACUGUGUAACUAUAUUACCACCUAAAGUUGUCAUUUCCUCUUUAAAUUUAAAGAAAAUAAACCAUAUAUAAUGUUUUAAUAUUAAACUUUGUAAAAUUUAUUCUAUAGGCAUAUAUAUCCUUCUAAUUUGUAGUUCUUUUUAAAAAAAAACUACGUUGGAAUCGACAAUCACCUCGAGAAAUAAGUGUUCUGUUUGGCGGAAAACUGCUCAGAUGUAUUUUUUCCAAUAAAAUGCGAUAGGUUUCAAAGAAACGUCGUUUAUGUUUCCGAAUUUUUAGUAGCAAACUUUGUUCUGUCGUAGGUUUGGGCGUUUUAUAAUGCUUUAUACGUUUUAUAACUACCUGGGCAUAAGUGUCUUUAGCUGUGUAGAUUGCAAGCACAUUUCGGUCAGCGGAGCAAACAUUGGGGUUCGGUUCACCUAGUUGAUCCGUGCACAUGGGAUCUUGGAUAUCAAAGUUGUCAUAAUUGAUAGCAGUGUACAGGUUAUCUCAUUUGUCGACUAUUCGACGCUCGAUCGUCGAAUUAACAGGUCUGUUCAUUAGCCGAUAUGGACUUGUCGGUGAGGCCACUUCAGAUAAAUUCUAAAAAUUUUGGUUGAUAAUGCCAGAAGGAAAUUAUAACAUACGGUUUCUUUUAUCAAAAGAAUUAUUACACUGUCACCUCGAAAUUCAAAUUUUUGAAGAAUGUCUGAAUAUUUCGAACGAACUUUAUUUUUAAAUGUUUUCCAAACUAGAACAAACGACUGUAAGCAUUUCUGAAUUAGAGGUGGCCUAAAACUGAGACAGUUACAUGCCUAUUGAAUGCACCGAAGACGUAAAAUUAAGAGCGCAAUACAAGAUACGGGAACUCUCUCAAUGUUGUCAUGUUGUUUUUGUUAAUGCACACAAAAAUGCCAAAUGCACUAACUUUGGUUCUCGUGCUUUAAGACAUGUAGACUUUACGUAUUAGCUUUUGUCCUAAAAUCCUUUGCGACGAUGGCUUUAAGGCUGCCGGUGUUUAGAUCGUUAUCUUCUUUAGUUGUGAGCACCAAUUCGGUUAAACGGUAAAGUGAUAUUUCUCCUCAAACGUCAAGUAUGCUAAUCACAACAACUUUUUUGCAAUCAUUUAACUGAAUUUACGUUAUUUUAUUCUUGCCCCUAUAGUGGAUCCGCCUCCUUUACAUUUUUCUGCACAGACAAAAAAACUGGUAAAGAAUGGGUGCUCAAAACUUUGCAAAAGAGGGUACGCAGUAUAUUAUUUCUGUUUCUAACAUAUUGCUUACUUCUAGGUGAAGAAAUCCAUAACUCAAUGCGAGCUAGGCAAUUUGCUGCGCUUAAAUCACCCAAAUAUUGUAUGAGUUCCGGUAGUUUCAUUGACUUACUUUGACAAUUAGGCACGAUUGAAGGAAGUCUUUGAAUCGGACGCAUUCAUCCAGAUCAUUUCGGAGGCCGUUUAUGGAACCCCUCUUUUUGAAGCGUUUGUUUGGUGUCAACGUUUUCAUGCUAUCUAUUUUUUGGACAUUUUUGCAUACCGCACACUAGUCAUGUUCACAGGCACUAUGUCUGUUGACCACAGUAUUCCAUACAUUAUAUGCAAGGAAGCAUUUUAGCACAUAACCGUUGAAAACUAUUAUUGAUUAUACGAUCUUAAGACCUGUUCACAUCCCAAAAUUAUUUUGAUUUGUCUGGAAUGAAGAAAUAAAAAUAAAAGGCACACGCUUUUAGAAGAUAAACGAAUUGUACGUUUCUUGGGGCUUUUGUAUAUCCCUGUUUUGGUGAUUCUGAAGCACUCAGCUUGCGUAGAAAAAGAGUUUUGAAAAUGUAUUCGAUAUAUCUCCCUUUGACAAAUGACAUCGGGAGAAUGGUUGUGAUUCGCUUAUUUAAAUUCAUAAAAGUACUUAAGGUGAAAAUACAAGGAAUGUAAAACAGUCUUUGUUAAAAGAUGAGGAAAAAUCAGUGUGAUUAAGGCAAGCCUUUUUAGACCCUUUUGGACAGCCAUUUUGAAAAAUUUGUAAAGAGGAACAGAAAUUAAUCAAGAUCAUAUAUUAUUAAUACAGACUGAGGUCACUCAAUUUAUUGAUCUAAUCACAAACGGAUUUCAUCAUUAAGACUGUGCAACCCAACCAAAAAUCUGGACAUGUCCAUGCAGGUUGCAGUUCCCUUCUUAAAGUAUUGUUUUAUUCCAAUUUUGGUCUACUUACCGCAUUACAAUAACACUCGGCUAUAUAACCUUCAAAAUAUUUUUUCUGACGCCAACAUGCACAGACAUUGCCUGUGUUUUACACCGUAGACUAGCUGACAUGCCAAAGUACAGUGAACAGGAAUUGGCAUUUUGCAUGCGUGAGAUUCUCAAGGGUUUGAGUUAUCUGCACGAAAAUGGACUUGUUCACAGAAGUCUCAAGGUGCGCUUAAUGCGGUUUUUAUAAGUUCUUCCUAGGGCUUUUUGACAACAUUUUUGUUUGAGAUUUAAAACAUAUUUUCGUUAGAAAGAAGACCUACUUUUCGACAAAGGGUAGAUAAAUUUAUCGUUUUUCAUUUCAGAAGCUUUUUAUUACCUUCGGAUCAGACAGAGUGGCCUUUUACAUUCUGAUGGUCUUUUACAGGCUUUAUUGUCGUUCAUUAACUGCAGUCAUAAUGAGACCAAACAAUCGACCUGAAUAGUCGGUGCUCUUUAAUAUUCCAUCUGAUGCCCUUACUUUUCCGACAUUUGCUUUGCAUUUUGUCUUUUCGCAUUGACUUUUGUUCCCGAAUGUUGCUUUGCAGAAGUUACAGCUCUGCUUUUUAUUCCUCAAAAUUCGUUUCAUAUCACAAAAUGUUUUGAAAAACAUCGGUCAUAAUCAAAUGAGAAAACUUAAUUACCAAAAUCAUUCUACAAACAGAAUUUAUUUUAAUGAAGUUCGUUUGGUAAGUGACAUUAAAAAUCGCUUUUAUAAGUGUAAAAACAGACUUCAUCAUCCUUUUCUGACCGUUUCGCGAGAACUUCAAUAUUUCCUAAAGUGACUUCACUCAAACUCGGCAUUUACUUAGAAUCAGUGAAUGUGGUCGGCAAAAAAAUGUUUAAAUUCGGUCUUUGUUAGCAAGCACUUAUGUUGCGGGCAGUUAAAAAGGCUGUUAUAACAGCUUAAGUCAUGUGCCGAGCCAAACGUCUAGGACUAUCAGACAGGCUUUCAAUUAAUCUAAGGAUAUAGUCGAAAUCUAAUAAAAAGUAAUGUUUUGUUCGGAAGCUCUGAGGAGUAUUUCGGGCGUGAAGCAUGCAUUCAUUUUUUGCAAAUCACAGUUACAUUAAAUCAUAAAACAGGCUUUUAAUUUCUCGAUCUUCUACACGUAUCUUAUUUUCCGACUAGAAUGAUGAAGAUUAUAAAUUAUCCUAAUUUUGAGACUCGAGUCUUCGUUUGACAAGCGCAAGCUCUUUUCAGAAUUUUUCCCUUAAGGGCCUUUGAGAGACCCUGGUCCACUGCGUCCACGUUUUCUCGAGUAUUGUCUUUAGUCUGCUGGUUAGUCGCAGAUUAAUUGACAUAACUCUGAUACUGCAGAUAGUAAAAGUGAAAACUGAUUCAAUUUCGAAUUCGCGCAGUCAAUGGCUCUUUAAGAGUCUACUGAAGUGGCUACAUUGUGGCAUUGCUCGUAUGGGCAAUUACGUUUUGUUGAUGUCACCGGUUGAGGCAAGUUCUCAAACACAAAGCCUUUAAACUUUCUCCGAAUUGCUCGAUAUCACUGUAGCUGUGUUGCAAUCCUUCUUCUGGAGAAACAGGGCGUCCGGUUACCUGUUUGGCCGUUGCAUCGCACCAGACUGUGCUCUAUGCUCGUGAUCCUAAUUAUUUGCUUACCUCCAGAGUCGUUCAAACUAGAACGUGCUAUGUCUCUUACAGAAUUAAAAUAACACAUGUAUACUCACCGUUUUAGAGUCCUCUAGACAGGAUUCCAGAAAUAUUGUUAGAUUGAUUGUGUUCUGUUCUCCGUCAUGAAUUUUUGUUGAGACAAAUUUCUAAGGAACACCUUCAAAAAAAUCAUAAAGUCGGUAACGAGAGGUUAUAAAUUUUUAAGUAACAAUGCUCUCUAAUUCGUUUUAUACCUUCUCACUAUAAUUUAUUUUAACUCUGCCACUAACUUUAGUAUGCUUAUGAGGAAUAAGAAUAUUUGCAAUCCAACUAAUUUGCCAGGAAGUUCAUUAGCAAUCAAGCCACCAGAAGCUUGCGAAGGAAUAGAAGGACAGUCCAGAUUUAAUCAAGGAUUAAAUUUUAAUUGUAGCCACGAAAUUUGAUGUACUGCGGCACGCAGGACGGACCGCUCGUGAAAAUACGUAAGUUUCGGUUGAUCCUGCUAUGUACAAACAACCCCGCAUUAUUCCCAUCUUUUCCGUCUUUUUAAACAAAAGAGCCAUCUUCGCCUACCAAAAGUUGUUUUUGUCACUAUAUCUCCUAGAUUAACUGAAACCUCUUAACAUUUCCUAUAAAACGCAUUAUAUUUGCUACUCAGCUUUAAUAAGUAGCGUUAGAUAAUAAUAUUUUAAUGGUCAGUCCAAUGCCCUUUGAAGCCUUCUGCGGCUUGUCUCGUGCCAGCCUAACUCACGACGGCAAACAGCCCACUAAAUUAAGAGAAUUUUGUUACAAAUACAUCUGGUAAACUUAAAAAUUCUUUACUUUCCACUUUCCGAAGUCGAUGUAUCUUUCACAACAAUCCUCGGAAGAGACACAGAGCUGGAAAUGGUAUGUGGCGAUCCGACCUUUUGUGCUCCUGAAAUUCUGCUCAGUCAUGAGUAUGGAACAAGCGUUGAUAUGUGGGCACUGGGCGUUCUUUUAUUUAUCAUGUAAGUUCCUUUCAUUCAAGCCAUUUGCCGCAGUCCCUAUAAACACGUAAUCACCCUAGUAAACAGACGAUGCGGCAUCUAAUCGAAUCUUAACUUCCAUAAUGUGACUGGUGUGUUCGGCAGAGAGAGAGAGAGGACUGCUUUAUUUUGAAAAUAACUUUCAAAACUUUCAGCAAAAACGGUUUCUCCAGUACACAGUGAUUACCAUAGAGAUUAACAGGUUUUUGGACAGACAGGUGGACAUGAUUAUAUAUGAAUAAAAAAGGACUUUAAGGUGCAAGAUCGAGUUUUAGUUUUUGUUUUUCAACAUCUUUGCAGGUGAGAUACCGGGCUAGAAAUGGCAGUAUGGAAUUCCGAUAGGCCGAAGUGCGGCAAGGGAUGUGGCGGAAGCAUCGACGCGUGGGGCGUAAGGAUUUCGCAGCCAUUAACUCAUUAUGAAGGGGAUGGUCGGUGUCAUUCAGAAUUCGGUCAGCGAAUUGCUCCACCGAGUUGAAAUGUCGCUGCACGAUGAUAUCAAAAUUUAUACACCAGUCUUGCUUGACAAAAAUGACCACUCCUCCACCUCUACUGCCUGUUGGAGAUGCUCUAUCAUUUCGAAAACAGCAAAAUGUCGAAGGAGUGAUUAAUUCCGAGUCAAUAUGGCUAUUCAACCACGUCUCCUGAAGGCAAAUUACUCCUGUUUUGUCAUGUUCUUUGGUUGACAGAAGUAAUUCCAAAUCGUGGGCUUUGUUAAAUAUCGAUCGACAGUUAGUCGAAAGAAAACCCGGGAUUGACAACUUGUUAUUAGGCUGGCGUUUAAGCGCAACUUGCCAUCCACAGCGAUGUCGCUUUCGAAAAAUUGGCCUUUGCUGAUACGAGCGUGGGAAGGCCAGCGAGGAAGGACGAGAAACAGGACAAGUUGUCAGAGUGUAACUGCUGCUGGCACGGUGAGUUCGUUGCGUUUGGGAGCGUGGGAACGCCAACGCAGGACAAUCGCAGAAACGACAAAUUGGCCGCAAAGUGCAACCACUGGAGUCAUGAUCAGGAGGCGGAAAAAUCGAUGCAGAAAUUUCGCAGGGUUUAAGCUCCUUUAAAAAGGUGCUAGCGUACUGUAAAGACAACCUCAUAGGAAUAGAUAAAUUAAAACAAAGGAAUAAGACUGGGGUAUGCAAUUAACAAAUAUUCAUGUGACUGGAGGGAAACAACGAAAAAUGGCGGCUCAAUUUCAAAAGCCCGCUCGGGAGUAAAAUUUUAACUUUAGGCGCUCUUCUUUAGUCGGAAACAAAAAUGACUGGUUAAAAACAGUUGUGUAGAGUUAUUUUAAUUAAAUUGAAUAAAUUCCCUCAGAAAAAUUUCGCUUUCAAGACAUAUCAAUGCCUUAUUUCUACGUUUGUAUUAGGUACUUCGACACCAGAUUAAUGCUGAGGAAGAAAUAACUCCACACUACAUCAUUGACUUUCCGCCAUACAAACAGCUGCAGUGGAGGAAGAUGAGGCUUGACAAGACUGCAGCCAUUCAUAUAUCGCCGGCAUGCCACCAUUCAGACGUUCAAUAAGCGUUUUUUGAGAAACUUCCCAUUUUUAAGGAAGUGCUCUGUUGACUGAGACUCGACCUUGUUCGAGGUGGUUAGGGCCGUCACCUUAGUUCAAACGCUACUAGCCCUUGGGCUGUCUUGCUGGCGGCCCAUGCAAUACAGUUCCGACCAAAACUUAAUACAGGCGAUGCGUGAAUAAACAAGCGGAAUCCCCCAGUGUUAAUUAUUCAAGACCCAGUAGGUGAGACAACGGAGCGGUUGUGCAAUGUUACCGACCAGCUCCAGAUGUCGUACCUACAUGUGACGGAACUCAAUUUAGUGUUAGGAAAACUGCCUACUUAUAUUAUAUUAGUACGCAUUAUUUAAACGUUGCUUUUCUCAGGGUCUGCGGCAGUGAACCCUUCCUGAGAGCAGAAGAGGGUGAUACCUUCCGUUCGAUCCUGCAAGCUGCUUUCGAAUUAGACAUGCCUGAGUGGGCAACUGUGACCAUGCACGCCAAGGACGUUGUCAAACGGUUGCUCGUUGCGGAUCCCCUGAUUCGCAUGACUGCGGCUCAGACCCUCAAACACGACUGGAUCAUCGGCGUUGCCACACCGGACCUUCAUCUGCCGGCCUCACAGUACGACCUGAGAAAGUAUAACAAGCGAAGCGCAAAGAAGGUUGGCUCCUUUCCUUCAUUUUGUGCCUUAAAAUUUCCCCCGUUCUAUGCAGACUACCCUGACGGCUUGCCAUUUACCGUGAAAGACGGCUUUUUCCUUCGACAUAGCAGUGGCAACAGACUAAAUAACAACUGACCGGCCUUGGCACGUCAUCUUGUAAUUCUGUCGCAUAUAUGUCCGCUUGACAAGGGAGAAGACUGAGUGCGAGGCACAAAUACACCCCGGUUUCCCGUCUGACAAGCAGAAAAAGACUAAAUGUGCUUCCAUCUGCUGCUCGAGGCAGAUACCUCCGUGCCCUCGUAAACCUGACGUCAAGGUUUUAUGCAGUAACAAGUGAUAUGGGCUGCCGAAAGAGGAUCAUGGGCAUGCGGAAUAGUGGGAACACUCACGGUGGGAACUGUUUUAGCGAGGCAAUGGGAUACCGAUAUCUGUUUCUAGUACUCGGAUUGUGUACGGUCAGUAGAUGAGGGAACUAUCGCCCUUGAAGUUGUACUGAAGUUCACUCGUUCACCGAUCUCAUGAAGUAUGGACUAAGAUUCUGAAAUGCGUUUUUGACUAGGAAGGAUGGCAACGAUAUAGAGAAGGACCCCACUUAACUGUCAGUAGACCGUGGAUCGUGCCAUACGUGGUUUAUGCAAAAGGGAGUUUUAUGAGUGGGGCAGCACGCUAGACAGUAAGCUGACAAAAUGGAGGAAAACGCAGGAACAGCCUGGAUUUAUGCCGAAAGCCUUAUCCUACGCUAUUGUACGACAACGGAAAUGAGAGUAGUAAUUAAACAAUGAACAAAAAGUAAAUUUCAAAAAACAACGGAUUUUGAGUUAAGGUGUGAGGUCGUGGGAAGUAAUCGCUGUUGGCAGUGUAAUUGCUGCAACAGCCUGCAAAUGUAUACCAAGAUAAAACCCCAUAUGACACGAUUUACAGUCUAUUGACAAUUAAGUGGGAUCUUUCUCAAUAUCGUUGCCGAAAAGAUUACUUAGGUGGGGUUGUAAUCCUGUAAUAUUUCGGACUUGACAGGAUGUCAGCUUUUGAAUGCACUUCUUUUCAACCUCAUGUAAAAACCGUACUCGGUAAAAUAUGACUACUUAUGUGGCAUGCAAUUUUCGCAUUGAUUUUCGAUGGUCAUAUAAACUUAUAUAUAUUUUGUAAAAAACAAGAACAGAAAUAUGGUUUUUUCCCUCGUUUGAUAAAGAAUCACGCCAUCUUCAUGCCUUAUACUUGAAGAAAAAGUUUAACUAGGUUUUAAAAAGUUUCUUAUUAUGAGAUUUUUUAAGACCGUGCAAUGUCCAUUCAUACAUCAUAGUACCUAUCCGUUUACCACUGCUCCUCAUGAAGUGCACAACAUAGUCCGCAUCCAUUGCAAGAUUUUAUGGACAUAGAAGACUAUAUGAUUUUCCUUACGCGGAACUCACGCACCUUGUGAACUGAAAUCACAAAAUGAUAACGCAACGGUUCAUCGCGCUUCAAAUUAUUAGGCAAUUAGAAAACAUUCCAAAACCUAAUUACAUUCCUUCUCCGAGCAUAAAAUAUGAAGUUGAUGUGAUACUCUAUCAAACGAGUAAAAAGCAUAUUUUUGUUCAUGUUUUUAUAAAAUAUACUUCAGUUUAUAAGACCAUCGAAAACCAGUAGGAAAAAUGCAUGUCACAUAAGUAGUCAUAUUUUACCGAGUACGGUUUUUACAUGAGGUUGCAGAGAAGUGUUUUCGAAAGCUGACAUCCUGCCGAGUCCGAAAUAUUAUAGGAUUAUGCGGCAAGAUAAGCAGAAUUACAACUCCACCUAAGUACUCCUUCCUAAUCGAAAGCGCAUUUCAGAAUUUCAGUCAAUAUUUCAUGGGAUCGGUCACUCACUGCAGUUAAUUUUCUGUGUGUGGAGACGAUCACAAUGUCACGGUAAUGUGCAUGACCCGACGCGUGCUUAUGUCCUAUCCGUUAAACGAUAAAACUACUUCUUUAAUCGAGUUGUCCGAUACCUGAAGCACCUUGGUAACUACCAUUCGCUUCAACGGACUUGCGACAACAGUACAUGUCUAAAUGUGCUCCGGAGAAGCUAGCGGACAUGCAGGUGCGUGUUUUUGAGAAUUACAAGUCGACCUCAUGAUGUUUUAGGGCAAGGGUAUACCAUACUGGCAGCACAAGUACUAGCCAAAAGCCCAUGUACGCGUGCAUCGCCGAUAUUCUGCCGCUGCAUAACACAGCUGCGAGGGGUUUGGCCCGUCAUUCCCCAGCAUUCUCUAUCUGCUUUCUGGCAGAUACUCUAAUUUAGAAAUUGCUGCUUUCUAAUUUCGUCAGAAAUUAACUGCGAACUUGGAGUAGAUCAGUUUAUUCAAGGCCUAUAGGCACAGACCGAGAAUUUUAUACGUGAAUAUCUGGUCCGAAGUCCAUCAGCCACAGCGGGUAACAGCGUAGUAUUCAAUAACUGCCGACAGGCAGCUAGUAGUAUACUUUAGGGUAAAGGGAUAUCAUACUAACGGCACAGUUACUGCCCUUUUAAUAAGAAUUUUACUCGCUGUGCCUGACGUAAAUCAGAAAAUAUCCGCAAACUCCCAAAGCACCUUUAAUCAAUUGAAAAUUGGUCCGAAUACAUCGACCUUCAGUACUGAACAAAUGUUAUGUUGUUUAUAAAAAACAAUUUUCUUAAGAAACGUAGUAAAACCGAAAAGUUGAGUAUUUGUGCAAAGCAAGCAAACGUAGUUUUUUGAAGUUCAUAAAGACUUUCCAAGCAAGCUGCUGAGUAAAUGGAACGGCUAAAUCAAAGCAACGUUUAGAAAUAUUUCAGAUAAUCUAUAAGCUGGUAAGUGUAAAAACUGCUUGAUCUUUGAUUCCAUUCAAAAGUGAUAUUGCGGGAACCCCACAUAGCCACAACGUUUUCGCAUUUUUUAGAUGCGACUGAUUACACCGAAGAGCUUUCAGUUAGUCACGGAGAUAAGGUUGUCAGAGGCAUCAGGGCGGUUAGAUAACAGGUUGAAGACCUCCAACGGCGGAGUUUGCUGAGCGUUUUGGCAUUCUUGAAAUUUAGUUUUUUUUCAGUCGAUUGCCCUAAAUGUCCUAUUCUGUAGUUUGAAGAAGAAGAAGAAGAAGGGCUCUCCGGAACAGAAGAUCUUCAGGGGAGCCCUUCUUCUUCUUCUUCUUCUUCUUCUUCUUCUUCUUCUUCUUCUUUAAAUAAUCAACCCGGAUCUCUCAACUUUGCCUAAUUCUGUAGUGUUUGCUAAUCAAAACCUUAAAAAAAAACGCUUUUUAGACUGUUUAUCAAGAAGUGGCGUAUAGGACGUCCCUUUUUAUAUCCAUUAAGGCGCAGCUUUUUUUAUUGACUCACCUAUUCACUGACAACGUAGCCCAGAAACGCAUUCGGCAUGAGAGAGCAUUCUCCAGAAAGUGUUAGGCGAAUAACUAAGGUGUUCAAUCUUCGAGGUGGUUCGAACUGACCGUCCAGAUUCCGAACAUCGCGUUCGAUCGUGUCAGCGAGAGGUGCAACGUCCGCAAUAUGUUCUGGAACACUGCAUCAUUUAUGCUGUGAUGCAAUGUUAAAGGGAUGUAAAGUUCGUGGUCAAUCACAUGAAACGGUAAUCGAAAGUCUGAAAUGUAUUCUCCACUAGAAAGGACUACUUAGGUGGGGUUGUAGUAUCGAUUAUCGUGCGGCAUGAUUCUGGGACGGUUCAGUCACGUCGGGACGCCGUCUUUUGAAUGAACUUCUCGAUCAACUCCAAGGCCGUACUCGGUAAAAAAGACUACUUUUGUAGUAUUAUUUUCUUUUGUGAUUUUCGAUAUCCCUGUAAAUUCAAACUGAGUUUAUAUCAAACAUGCACGAAAUAUUCUUUCUUGUACUUGUCAAGUCGUUAAUCACCUCUUCUACAAACCCCUAGCUUGAAGAAAGGGUAUGAUUCGGUUUUUAAAAGUAAUUCCUUAUUCCCAAAUAAUGUUGAGCCCUAACUGUCGGUGCAUUUGCGUUUAGGGCAUGCAGCCUACAAGCUGUUUGCCUUUGGAGUAAGGAAAAGCAUACAUCUCUUUAUACCGUUAUAAAGACGCCAUAUAGGAUUCACGAAAAUCACUAGUGAAAGGAGGGAUACGAUUUUAUUUGAAUGGGCAUUUUAGGGCCCUGAAAAACCUCAAGGCUCGGUCACUUCAGUACCCUGAAUUGUCCGCUUCCUUGAGAAUCCCUGCUCAAAGUUUGGGGCGUAUGGAAAUACAGCAAACAACCGUUGCACCCAAGGCGUCAUGGUACAAAACGAGCUGUGUGUGUGUGGGCUAGUUGGAGUGGAAGGAUUCAUGAGCUAGGGAGGUGAUCUUGAUUACCUCUCACAAGAAGAUUGGGUGUCCCCUUAUCUGAAAGGAACUAGUUCCUGGACUUGUCCCUCUAAUUAGGACGUCAGGCGCGGGGACUGAGUAUAAUAGGUAGUUAAAAAGUUGAAAUUUAAAUUAUUGAGGAAAUGGCGGUGAGUUAUCGAGAUGAGGGUGUCGACGCGACACGUACCAAGCCAGGGAGACCAAGCUAUUCGGACAAGCUUCACUGUGACGAGGAAGCACAUGCGCAGCUCAACCGGCAGAGGCUGCGAAGCGCGUGCGCCUGGUCUUUUUGAAUCUCCAGCCAAUCAGCGAUGGGUGCAGCGUCGAUUAGUGUUGAGUUCUCGCCACACCGGGGCCAAAUCACGCGCGACUCAAGCAGCCAAUUAACAGGAGAAGUUGGGCAAAUCGAAGGCGACAUGGGUGAGCAUUGGAACUAGCGACCGUGAAAUCGGACUGCCAUAACCAAACAUUUUCAUUGCUCGGCGGGUCACCUGAACCAGCCAUGAGGCAAGGAAGAAAUGACUGUCAAGAGUGUUUAAUUUACUGCGUUCCUCAUGAAACAUGGCCUAUUACUAGCGAUUGACACAAUCAAGAAGCAGGAGUGAGGUGGACUUGUAUCCCUAGAUGUCACCAAAUUGACAAAUAUGCUACUGCGAAUCGCGAUUACCAAAUAACAGGUUGCGGAAACGCUGUGUGGUUCACAGACAGGUACACAGUUCGGAAUGGCAGAAGUAUGACCUUGACCGCGGGAGGUACCGCGUCAAAAAAGUGUGUUUGCAGGGAAACGUCGGCACCAGUUCUACUAAUCAAGGGAUCAUUCCCCAUUCGUGACUUGAAAAUGGCUCAGUGGCUUGUAGGUCAUAUUGCCCGGCAAUUUAUCCGAUUCAGUAGAUUCAUAACCGUCAUGAGCUGCGCAAUCAAACCCCAGCCUCUCUCGUCCCAAUCCGUAUUACCUGCGCGAUUUACAUUGGAAUAACUGCUGCUAAGAUUAUCGCCCACACCGGAAACAAAACAGGCCUAGAAUUGAUUGAAGCCUGGGCCUCGGAUGAGAACUCAGUCAAUCGAUUUAUCGAUCUGGCGCUGGCGUACAGAACCCUGCACAGCCAUCUCCAGUCUUGCGCCAUCGAUCGAUGAUUGGCUAACACGCCCUAUAAUUGUCACUCGUUCUGUUGUUGCUGCUAUCUUUGACGACGGACUCCUGCAUGAGUUCGGAAGCUCAGAACAAUAAACAGAAUGUUCUGGUACCCGACCAGUCUUCUUAUGCAUUCAUAUGCACUUUUCAUAUCCAGUAUAAACAGUGACGAAUGCUUUUUUCUCUCCCAUCACUUUCGUGCCUUCCCAAAUAGUCAGAAGAUGAACCCUGCGACAAUGAAUCAACCCAGGACGAAUCUCCACCCCCAGAAUGAUAUUUUAUUUGUGCACCUGAUGCCUAAACUUCAAAUACUGACGUAUUCCGCCCUGAGUAUAUGCUCAUUCACGUUUGCGAUGUGACAUUCAAACCUCACACUGUCUGUCAACUGCACUGCCAGCACCCGCCUAGAUGUGCACGCUCGUUGUAACCAUUUUCCUAGAAAUUAUACUUUGCCAGAAUGAGGUCGCAGAUGGGUCCCAUGCACUUAAACCAGUUUGAUUUGCUCAUGCAUUUCCACUACUCACCUCUUAUUAAGUAGUCUAACAAUACUGCAGACAGGACGAUGUUCACCUUGUGCCCAACAGCGGAUAUGAUACAGGACGGUGAGUCGCGCGUGAAUCAGUUUUAAGGGAUAGCAGACUUGCGGGGCAUCUACCGCACCCUCUCUUCACUCAUCCACCUGGGCCCCGCGGCAAAACAUAGUCAGGACGACCGGAAGUGAGCUCAGGGAUGGCGACUGGCAGAGGUAGCGAUCACUCUACGCGUGCCACGCACGUCCAGGUUUUCAAGGAAAUGGGGAUGAGCGGUCUACACGUCGCUUUCGUGAAAAUAACACACUCGGAAGGCGUUAUUAAACCUGUUUCUCAGCCCUUAGGCUAAUGACCUCAGGCACUCUCACAGCACUGGCCACGAGAGCCAAUUUACCCCGUCAAUUGGCAGCCUCCUAUGACACGACGUUUUGUGUGUCGUGGUUGACUCAAACGCGUCAGAUUCAUUGUAGUGAGGAAUUCUCUAAGGGGCCGUGAGGAAGGCCCCCUCAAGUCGACCUCGCUUUCCCUUCUCAUUCCCAUGCAGAGGUUCGCUGUUCGAACCGAUCAGUAAUCUGGCGCUGGGAUUAGGCAUAGGGGUUGACAGGGUCACAAUAAUGGCUCUACGCGCGCCUCGGCGACCCGGUCCCUGCGCGGUGUGCCAGCUUCUCACACCAAGGGACAGUUCGAAUCUCGCGUGCGUAAGAGUGCCAUAUAUGUUACAAGAAGAAGGAACCAUGCAGCGUAGCUCAUCGAUGGGUACCUCCAGUCUUCUCUGUUUAGUUUUGGUUAUAAAAGUGCUUCAUUUUCCUAAAAAUUAGAUUUUGCUUUUAUUAGGAAGCAAUUAUAAACUCCUAGUACAAGUAUUCUCAGGCUAAACUUAAAUAAGAAACAAAUAUUUAGGCCGAAUUCCCAUAGUCUUAGUGUAUAAGUAAGUAAGUAGGCUAUAUAUACUGUCAUCUUAUAUGCCAACUCGUGCACAUGUCGAAGUGUGAUUUAAUAACUUCGGAAACUCCAAGUUUACGCAUUACUUUUCAACAAGGUCUAAAGCUUAAGGAUAGCACUUUUAAAAACAAUAUUCUCCCGGAAGAAAUUUUAACGUGACCAAGUCUUUGGGAAAGGUAGAAUUUAAUGAAAUUACCAAACGUCCUUGAUAAACACGGAAUUUCGAAGGGCCACCGCCGAUUUGAACGGCGGUGUCCCUAAUGUUUGAGGGUAUCUUAAAACAGUUAAAUCUGAUCUCAGGCCGGCUGAUUCAAGUCAAUCUCAUCACUGGGUGCGUUUACCCGAUAGUCCAAAGGAAUUUUGUUACAGAGUCUAGACCAUGCGCAAAUCAUCCUACCCAGAGAAGACGGUUCCCCACAGGGAUGUACUGGCGCCUUCUCUAAAACCAAAGCCUGUUUUCUAAUCAAGCAAAGUUUUAAGCUUAUAUCUUUAAAUUUUAACCGAAAUCCGGACGUGUGUCUUCGAUUUGAAAGGAUUAAUUGGGUGGGGUUUUGGUACUGAUUAUGGCGUAACAUAAUCAAAAGGUGAUUCUGCCGGGCUAGGAUACCGGCAUUUGAGCUAGUUCAUUUCGAAGGUUCGCAGAACCCACAUUUGGUAACAAUUGGCUGUUUAAGUAUUACUCAUUUUCAUGACUCUUUUGAGACGCCCUUAUAAAUUCAAAUUCAUUUUGCAGAGAACACGCUUAAAAGUAUUUCUUCCUGCACUCAUUUGUUGCAAAAUUGCUUUUUUGAAUUUAAUGCUUGAAGAAGGAGAAAAUGGGACUUUUAAGACCGUGAAAUGUCUAUCGUACCUCUCCAUUUCUUAACGCCUACAUACAGUAGGCGGUCUAACCCAUGAAAUGUCAACCGAAAUUCCGAAAUGAGUUUUGGUUUCAAGAAGACUAAUUAAAUAGGGUUACAAAAUUAAUCGUUAUAUAGCAUAAUUCUAAAAUAACUCAGUUGCAUCAGGAUGAUGGCUUUUGAAUGGACUUCUUUUCGGCCACCCGCAGAAACCAUCUUAAAAUGACUACUUAAUUAGCAUGCCUUUUUCUCGUCGAUUUUCGAUGCUUUUAAAAAUUCAAUUAUAUUUCUCUGAAAACAUGCCAAAAAUAUUCAUCCUUUUGUUCAUUCGGUAGAAAAUUAUGUCUUCUCCCAAUUUUAUACUCGAAAAGGGUAUAAUUCGGUUUAAGAAAAGGUUUAUAACAGUGCUUUUUUAAUACUUUGAAAUGGCCGUUCAUAAAACGUCCUGUUUCUGCAUUUACCAACACGGCUUGUAAAUUCAACAAUAUGGCUCAAAUCCACUGCCAAAUUGUAUAAACUCCAUACAGUCUCUUCUUAGUACCGUAGAGAAAUGUAUGGCUUUCGUACGUGGAAACUAUACGGCUUGUAGUUUGGAAACUCUGAAUGCAAGUGUAACGGCAGGUCGGGUUCAAAAUUAUCCGGGAAUUGGAAAGGUUUUUACAAACUGAAUUAUACUCUUCUUUUGAGUAUAAAAUUGGAAGAAAACGUAAUUUUCUACCGAAUGAUUAAAAGAAUGGAUAUUGUUAUGCAUGUUUUCAAUGAAAUAUGAUUGAAUGUUUAAGGGCUCCGAAAAUCGGCGAGAAAAAGGCAUGCUACAUAUGUAGUCGUCUUUUACACAGCAUGGUUUCUGCAGGCCGCCGAAAAGAAAUUCAUUCAAAAGCUAACAUCCUGAUGUAACUGAAUUAUCAUAGAUUUAUGUUGCAUAAUGAUUAUUUUUACAACCCUAUUUAACUAAUCUUUCAGAAACAAAAACGCAUUUCCGGAUUUUGAUUGAAAUUUCAUUAGUUAGCCCACCUACUGUAGUUCACAUUCCUUGCAAACAUUUAUUAGACCCAGAUAGUAUCUUCCUAAAGGCGCAGAGAAAUUUAUUAUUUCCCUUACAUGGGAGGCAUACACCUUGUGGUUUGGGAACCCUAGGCGUAAAUGAAACUGCAGGUAGGUUUCCAAAUCAUCCGGAAAUUAAAGGGUUUUUAAAAAACCGAAUGAUAGGUCAGGUGUGGUUAUGUAGCCCCACCGGAAGUAAAUAAGCCCCAGCCAUCUUUAAUACGAGACCUGUGGUAAUAGGAGCUUUUACAGGCGACACAAGGGAACGCACAGGCGACGAGGUCAAGUAGUUUGCAUAUAAAAGAAAAACAGUUGGGAAUGUGCGGUUGUCCUUGAGUGGUUUAGAAUUAGUUGCCCUAACCCAAAACCCUAACGCUAACACCUAGCCGUAGCCCCUAACCUUACGUCUAACCCUAACCCCAACCCAAGCAUUAUUGUGUCCAUAAGGUGGGGUUACAUAACCACAUCUUACCGAAUAAUACUUUUUCUUCGAGUAUAAAAGUUGAGGAAAAUGCGGUAUACUAUUAUACUAGCACAAAAAGAAGAUUUUUCUGCUAGUGUUCCAUGAAAUAUUUUUGAAUUUUUAAAGACAAAGAGACAGUGGGAAAUUCUCGCACUAUGCAAGUAGUCACUUUUUAUUGACUGUAGAUUUCGCAGACUCGCGAGUAGGAGCUCAUUCAAAAGCCGGUAUCCUAAGUGGCCUUUUCUGAUCAGAAACACUAUUCAGAAUUUCGGUUGAUUUUUUUGUGUGAUAGAUCGCGCCUUUAGCACGAACAGCCAGCAAAAAAGGAUUCCGAGGCGUACCUUAACUCCGUGCCAACCGCAAGUCCUGUGAGCCCGCCUGUCGAAAAGAAAUGACACCCCUUCAUGUUACCACUUUUAGGCAGCAAGUUUGAGGAUGUACACGUCAUUGGAUGCGCGAAAGCACGUGGAGCACAGCAUGAGAAAGAUUAACUGUGCCCCCGUCCGCUUUGAGAAAAAAGCCGGUCUUGAAUCGGAGGAUCCCACGCAGUCAUUUUCCCUUAACGCUUUGAGGUAA